CCCUGACCUCUUCUACACCACACUGGAACUCCGGAACCGACAGCUACCGACUUCAGUCCAGAUGUCUACGUCGAACACCCCACCCGAGGAAACUCCUCCUUCGCCAUCACCGGCCCUUGUACUCUCAAAACCGCGUGACCCAGGAAACUUCAGCGGAUCCGGUGAGCAAGAUGUCGAGGAAUGGCUACUACUUUAUGAGCGCAUCAGCACGCACAACCGGUGGGACCCAACCAUCAUGCUCGCCAACGUGAUUUUUUACCUCAAAGAUACAGCCCGAACCUGGUUUUUAACGCAUGAAGAAGGCAUCACCUCGUGGGACACGUGCAAAGAACAACUCCAACACCUUUUUGGCGACCCGAUCGGACGAAAGCUCUCGGCUAAGCGGAAGCUUGCUUCGCGCGUGCAGACACCCACAGAAUCAUACAUAGCGUACAUCCAAGACAUCCUUUCGCUCUGCCAAAAAGCUGACCCCAACAUGCCUGACUCUGAAAGAGUGCCUCACAUCUUGAAAGGCAUUGCAGAUGAUGCAUUUCAACUUUUAGUUUUCAAGGAUUGCGCAACAGCAGAUGCAGUUAUCAAGGAGUGCCGUCGAUUCGAAGAGGCGAAAAAACGUCGCAUCACAGCGAAUUUCAUCCGCCUCCCGAACACAGCACCAACAUCAUCAUGUGAGGACCCAACUUCUCAGAGUCAUCAUAUAGCAAAAAUUGUCCGACGUGAACUUGAAGCAAUGUCGCCUUCCAGUUCUCUACAUGCACCUGCUGAACCGGAACCCGCCGUGCCCAUAUCAACUGUGCAAGCUAUUGUAAGAGAAGAAAUGAAUAAGUUUCACGCACCGACAUACACAACCGGGCGCCGCUUCCCUCUUGUCCACCAGACUCCUAACUCCCCUCCCCCUGGCAACUUCUCUGAUGAGAAAAACGUCCUGGAGGCUCCUUCCAACGCAGCAGUUGUUGGGCUUCUCAUAAUCGGGAACAUUGUGGCCAACCUCGUCAGCUUUCUCGCCUUCAUGGCUUUCCUGAACAGUUUACUGAGCUGGGCUGGACCAGUCAUCAACAUGGAUUUCAUCACCUCGGAGGUGUGUAAAGAUCGAAAACACUUCAAUCUUUAG